AUGCCGAACGAGAUCAAGGACAUCACCACCCGCGACGAGACGUCGUUCCCCUACGUCUUCGAGCAGAAUGUUUCCAUCCCGCUGAAGGACCAAUCGGGUCUGGUGCGAUGCAACGUCUAUCGCCCAAAGACUGCGGACAAGGUUCCCGUCCUGGUGACGUACGGGCCGUACGGCAAGGACAUUCCAUACGAGGACUUCCAUCCCCAGAGCUUCAGUGAAGUCAACCCCGAGCAGCGAUGCCAGCAUUCCGCUUGGGAGACCCCCGAUCCCCAAUACUGGACCAGCCAGGGCUAUGCAGUUGUCAGGGCAGACGAGCGCGGCACUGGACAGUCCGUUGGCAAGCUGGACACCAUGUCGCGGGGCACCAGCGAAGCCUUCUUCGACGUAGUCGAGUGGGCAGCCGAGCAACCCUGGUCGUCCGGCAAGGUUGGCUUGCUGGGAAUCAGUUACUUUGCAGGCAGUCAAUGGCGUGUCGCGGCACGUCAGCCGAAGGGCCUGGCGUGCAUGAUUCCCUGGGAGGGCAUGUCAGACUACUAUCGCGACCGCUGCCGUCACGGAGGUAUCCUUUCCAACGCCUUCAUCAAGUUCUGGUGGGACCGCCAAGUCGUGAGCAAUCAGUACGGUCGCCCCGGCCGGGCUGCUCGCAAUUGGGGCCCUGACACCAUCGAGGGUGAUUUGUCUGAGGAGGAGUUAGUGCAGAAUCGCGAGGACCAGACGGUCGACAACGUUGAGAACAAGUUCCGUGAUGAUCUCUACUACGCAUCGAAGGAAUACAGCAUGUCCGAUAUCCAGGUGCCCCUGCUCUCCGUUGCCAACUGGGGCGGUAUUCUCCUUCACCUUCGUGGAAAUGUCGAAGGAUGGACGCAGGCCGGUUCUGAGCUGAAGUACCUGCGUUUCAUCACCGGCCGCCAUGACCUGCCCUUCUACUAUGCCGAGGAGGUUGAGCUCCAACGCAGCUUCCUGGAUGCUUUCCUAAAGGGUGAUGACCGUGCUGGGUGGUCGACGGGCCAGGCCCCAAAGGUGGAUGUGACGCUGCGGAAAGGCGAUGUGGGCUUCAACAAUGCGGCCGGCGAGAAGCGCUUCCCUCGUCGCACAGAGCACGGGUGGCCUAUUGCACGCACUCAAUACACCAAGUUCUACCUUACGUCCCAGCGGGAGCUGCUCACACAUGCACCAAAGGAGCGCCCAAGAAAGAUCUCUUACCAGGCUCUGGGUACCCUGGAGAAUCCGCAACUCGUGCAAUUCUCUACCCCGGCAUUCGAACAGGAGACAGAAAUUACGGGACACAUCGUUGCGCAUCUGAAUGUCUCCAUGAGUGCCAAUCCUGGUGGUCUCACCCCCCAGGACCUGGAUCUUUUCCUUACCCUCCGCCAUAUCUCGCCCGAAGGCAAAGAAGUGCACUAUACCGGUACCGCUGGUGACCCGGUCCCCCUGUGCAAGGGCUGGCUGCGUGUCAGCAUGCGCAAGAUCGACGAGAAGCAUCCUCGCAACAGACCGUGGCUGCCGCACCGUAACUACUACUCCACCGACGUGCAGCCUGUUAUUCCUGGCGAGGUGUAUGCGGUCGACGUGGAGAUAUGGCCGACCAACGUGGUGGUUCAGACAGGUGGAAAGAUUAUUCUGGAGGUUGCCAGUGGUGAUACUCAGGGCUGCGGUACUUUCCAACAUAACUCCCCUGUUGACCGAUCUGUGGAGCGCUUCCAGGGCCAAAACCACAUCCACUUCGGUCUCGGUGACAACUACGUGACUCUGCCCGUUAUCCCUUGA